UCUAUCAAACAACCAUGGCGGCACCCAUGGAGCUGCUUUGCUGGGGAGGAGAUUGGGACUUACCGUCCGUUCACACAGAGUCUCUCAUUGUGCUGGUGUAUGCAAAAUUUGCCGGUGCCAAACUUACAGUGAAGCCAGUGGACUGGACAUGGAGGACUAUUACAGCCUCUAUUCCACAGCUGCACUAUGAGGGAUCUUCAGUGACAGAACCUACACAGAUUCUCAACGUCCUCAGAAAAAAUAGAUUCAAUGCAGACUACGAGCUGUCAGCCAAGCAAGGGGCCGACACCAUGGCCUAUAUUGCGCUGCUGGAGGAGAAACUGCGGCCUGCUUUGCUCCACACGUUCUGGGUGGACGCAGAGAACUAUGUCAGCCUGACGAAGCCGUGGUUUGCUUCACGCUCUCCGUUCCCUCUCAACUUCUUUGUUCCAGCCCGACAGGCCAGCCUGGCCCUUUCUAGGAUCCUUCUGACCAAAGCAGAAGCGCCUCUACAUUCCAUUACAGAAGUAGAAGGAAAGAUCUACAGUGAAGCCAAAGAGUGUCUGAAUCUGCUCUCUCACAGACUGGGGACCUCACACUACUUCUUUGGAAACACGCCUACAAGUCUGGAUGCCUUUGUUUUUGGCUACCUAGCUCCUCUCCAUAAAGCCAGUCUGCCCAGCGGUCAGCUCCAGCAGCAUCUGAAACAGCUUCAUAACCUCUGCCAGUUCUGCAGUACCGUCCUGAAAAACUACUUUGAUGAGGCUGGCUCUGGCUCUUCUCCCACUAGCCAGGAUGCAGUCGAUGCAAACCUCCAGAAACUGACGCAGCUUGUUAACAAAGAGUCCAACCUUAUUGAAAAGAUGGACGAUAACCUCCGCAGUAGUCCCCAACACAGACCCAGCAGACCCCAUAGACCUGAACCCAAACCUUCAUCUCUGGCUACUGAGAAAAACUCAACCCCUGCCUGACACCCCCACCCCUAGAAACACCGGUAUCUUCUAUUGCCUAUUUAUUUAUGGUCAUAUCUGAAUGGCACUUGAAGCAGCCUCCUCAAGUGGACAUCACUACAACUGCAGUGCUUCGUUCAUUCAGCUGUAAUGUAUUUAUAUUUUUUAGUCCAGUAUAGAAUUCAAAACAUGGGAAUAGAUUUGUGUUGUCUGUUUUGGUACACUGUCUUGAAAGGGACAAAAAAUUAGGACACCAAAUGUCUCAUAAAGGGCUGAUGAAAAGGUAUAAAAAGGCAUUCACUGUAAUUGUCAUUUCACACUUCAGCUGCAAAAGGAGUAUAAAAUACAGUCAGCUUAGGCAACAGCAUUUAUCAAAAGAGAACCAUCUGGAAAAAGUGAGGCUUGGAUCUUAUUUAAUAACUGAACUGAUGCAAUUUUAAAAGCUUUCAGUCAGCGUGCUCAAUUAGUCAUUUGGUCAUUUGAGCUGUAUCUGUAUUUAUUAUAUAGAAUAUUAUUGUCUGUAAUACUGUAUCUACAUAUUGUGCUCAAUGCAGCAAUGCAAAUUUGCCACUUUCCGGUGAUGCAUUAUAACCCUUUCACUAACAAAUUGUUUUUAUGCUGUUUGCUUUGCAGCUGUCAACCUUAAAGGAAUACUUUGUAGUUUUUCAACUUAAUCUCUGAUGCAUAUGUACCAUGCAAAUUUAUAUAAUUUUCCAUUUGCCCAGAUGUAGUUUAGCACUGGAGCUACAAAGCUAACAUUGCUAACAAACAGUAGAAGUCAGUAGUCACCCAAAUCAUUUCCUUGAGUACAUCCCCAAAACUUCUUUCAAGCAGUGUCAAGGUCUUUUAUUAAGCACAGACUUGUCAAUGUGGUUUAGGACACACUGUGACUUCUUGUGAACUUUUAAAAUUAUCAACACAUUACUGUGUAGCUGAAUGCUGCAGGCAGGCAUUUUACAUAACAUGCUGAUUUCAGACUCCCCGCAUAAGUUUCACGACAUAUGGACUCUAGACACUUGCGAUUUCUGUUGUUUUCAUUUCUAAACAAAUAUCUUAAGUUAGAAAAUUCAAGAUUAACAGUUAUUUAUGAAUAGAAACAACAAAUCACAAAUAUAAUCUGCAAUCUGUAUGUCUGUCUGUGUGCUUGCAAAGAGGUGUCAGAAUUUGGCACAACACCUGCUGUCUUAAAAGGCUGCUUGCUGCAUUUAUCUACUCAGUGAAGUUGUGUUCUUUUUUUAUAGCUCACAGUAAGUUUUACUAAGAGUCUUAAACCAGUGGCUCUCAAAUCCAUAUUUUUGCUGUCUCUCUAUGUGUUGGGAUUUGGGAUCGGGCAAAGUUGUGGACCAUCUUGUGAGCACUUAGUACUUCUUUGAAGACCAUUGCUCUAAACCACAUCAAGUCUGUGCGACCCUAAUAAAGACCAGAAUGCAGCUUGAGUGGGCUGAGAGAAGCUUUGAGGAUGUGUUUACGGAAAAGAUUUGGGUGACUAUUGGUUUCUAGUGUUUGUUAGCAAUGUUAGCCUCGUAGCUCCAGCGCUAAACUAAAGAGGUAAUAAUUUGACACAAACGUCCGUAUGUCUUGGCUUAUAGCCUACAUCUGGGUUAAGUGGAAAAUUGUGUAAAUUAGAUUUUUUGGCAAAACAUUCCUUUAACAUGAGCAAUAAGUUCCCUGUACUUGGUAAAGAACAGAAAUCCCACUGACUUCACACUUGGAAGGUUCAGCAUCUGCCCAUUGACUUCUAAUAUAAGUGUGUUUUUACAUAACAGGUUUUCUGUUAUUUUAUUUAGCAAGUCAAAAUUAUUCUCCUUGGUGAUUCACUGUAUGAUACUUUCUGCUAAAGGAUGAAAAUCUCUGGAGUAUUCCUUUAAUUACAUUCUUACGCCUGCUGAAAAGAUAUUUUAUAAUGUUGAUAGACAAACGCAUUAAUAAGCUGUAUCCGUUAUACGUUAGAAACAGGCAGAUGUUUAUAUAUACAAGCUGAAGCUCCUGUUUCCAUUUGACAGUAGAGAUACUGAUGAAACCGUCUCUUCAAUGUUUCACAGUAGCUAUUAGGCCAUUAUAGUAAGAGUUUGACACAUUUUUAACAGAUUUGGUCCAUGAAUUGGUCCACAGAUAAAACUUUACAGUGUUAGUGUCCACAAGUGCAGAAAAUAUGCCAAAUCAGCAGAAAUAUGCACCAACCUCCUUUAUAUCCUCUACCAAUCUUAAUGUUGCAGCACUGACCAGUCUCUUCAGCUGUGAGGAGGACCAGAUUGAGUUGGCCAGUUUAACUCGUGUCAUCAUUUCAAGGUUCUUAGCAUUCACACUAAUAUAACACUGGAAACAUUUAAGGGACCCCUGACUGUUACAACUUGUAUGCUUUUUAAAAUAUGAUGUUCAAACCAAAUGGAAAUGUUUUGUUUAUUAUAAAAACAUGACAAAUAGGCAAAUCCCUUUACUAGUAGGUUGACAUUGUGAUGUCAUUUGGUUGCACUGGACUCAAUUCUGCUGAAAACUAAAUAAUCCAAAAACAAUUCCUCUUGGAGAAUGUUAUGUUCCAGCUAAAGCUGGAAAGGCUGACUGACAUUUGCCUUAAAUUAGAUAUUUAGCCGGCUGUUCCUCACUUAGUGAACAAGACAGAGGGCAAAAAUUUAAAAACAAAACUGGUGACCACCUAUUUGAAGGAUUUUGUCUAUUUUUAAUAAUAAAGUAUUUGGUUUGUACAACAUAUUCUAAUAGUAUUGUAUAUGCACACCACACUGAGGCUUACAGCUGUAUGUAAAAGUUUGAACACCUCUGGUCAAAUAAAAAAAAAAAAAAUGUUUUGUUGAUUUUCUAAGUGAAAAUAAGUUAACAGAUCCUCUACAGAGAAUGUUAAAUUCAGCAAAUAAACAGUGAUUGUGUGAAGGGUGUCCUCUGUAGAGGAUGUAUUAACGUAUUUUCACUCAAAAAAUCAAACUUUUGCGUACGACUGUACAUGCCUUAACAGUCAGGGUUUCCUUUCACAUAAGCUUUUAAUUUCUUUAGUGUGCCUCAUUCAUCAUAAUGAUCUAAAUGUUAUGGUUGAAUCAUUCCAUUUUUUACUAAUUUCACUGUGGUUUUCUUUAUUUUUUCACUCCUGCCUUUUGAAGCAAAUGGAUCUUUAAAUUUUUCCAUGUAAUCAUUUUGUCAUGUGCCUUUUUCUGUUAUCCAUGUGUAAUUUAUUAUUGCUCUCGCAAUUUGACUAUUACUGAGUACGAAUAACUUUGUUAGAAUAUUUUGAUAUAUUUUGACAUAGUAAGCAUGCCUUAAGUACUCACUGGCAGUGUGCAGUCCUUGAGUUAAUCUAAAUUUCUGAGACAGAACCCUUAACACAAGGCCAUGCACACCCACCAAAAUCCAAAAUGUACUUUUUCAUCAUCUGGAUUUGCCUUUGUUUUAUUUGUUCAUCUUUACCUCAUUGAAGUAUGAGUUAAUGCUGAACAUUGCUUUGUGCAGUACUGUGUCUUGACAUUCAUUAUUAUGUAUAUCUGUAAGGAUGUAAAGUCUCACUUUCAUCACUUGUAUUGAAAGAAUUUUGAACAAUGUCAGGUGGUGAAAUGCAUAUGUAAUAAAAUUGAGUUUGUAA